UUGAGGAGAAGACGUCCUUGUUGCAGGCUGCUCCGGAAUGGCUGCGGCAUCUGACCGUGCGGAGGUGGACACCACCCGCCCGUUCCGGUCCGUCAAGGAGGCAGUCGCCGUGUUCGGGGACCGCAUCCAUGUCGGCGAUGGCUACCCCAGGCCCAACGGCAAUGCUGUCGCCAUGGUCACGCCCAACUCCAUUGCCAGUACGAAGCAUGAGGCCAGCAGUAGUAGCAGUACCAUGACCUUUUCUCCAAACCCAAUGGCAGAGGCUGAGGCAGAGAUAAUGCCAGCCACUGUUCCUAUGUACUCCGCGCCGUCCUCGCCGCCGUCGCUCGCGUGGUCGCCUUCGCCGAACAAGGUGUGCAGAGCGCACGGCGACGACCGGUACGACGAGGCGGGGCUCACGAUCAUGCGCUCCAUGAAGAAGCUGGAGGCGGAGGUGGCCGAGACGAGGCAGGAGGUGGCGCAGCUCAGGAAGCGGGGCUCCGAGAUGGAGAUGGCCGUGGCCAGCCUCAACGCGCAGCUCCACAGGGGCCUCUCGAAGAUGGCCGAGAUGGAGGCCGACAAGGCGGCGCGGCGCAGCAUCGGAGGCGAGACCGACGUGACAUCCACGGUCCGGAGCGAGCGGUACUGGGGCGACAAGCUCGGCGCGAGCGAGUACCUGCCCUCGUUCUCGUACGCGCUGAGCCUCGGCGAGAUCGACGACGCCGAGCUGAUGGGCAGCCGGAGGAGGAAGGCGCAGAAGGUGAAGCCCAUCGUGCCGCUCAUCGGUGACAUCCUCUUCUCCAAGAGGAAGAGCACCAAGGAGAAGGGCGAUGGCCUCUACAGUGGUGACCUCUACAGUGUGCUAGGCUAGGCUGAUCACUGCCUUGUGUGUGCUCAACUUGUGGCUGCUUGAUUGUGUGCAAAUUUUUUUCUAGCCCUUGCCUGCUUUUUUCUUCUUUUUCUGAAGGUCUUGUCUGUGUGGCAUGUGCAGGGGAGUUUGUGUAAAUGUACAGACAUGUUGAUGUAUCUUCAGAACAUGAAUGAAAAGUGUGUGA